AAGGUCGACGACUUGACCAAAGUUCAAUCCCUUCGGCACAUUUGUACAUAGCAGCUUAAUAUGAAAACUUGCCUGUCUGGGAAGAUGUUGAUGAAUAUUCUGCAUAAAAGCGUGAGAGUCACCAAUCUCCGAAGACUUAAAACUUCACUGGUUUCUUCUCGACAGCUAUCCAAGUCUCUACAAGACUCUAUUUCUACAAGACAAAGGUGGGGCAUUUCGUAUUCAGUUAGUAUUCAUAAACACGAAGAAUUCUAUCAGCUCCAGGUUUGGGAAUGCGCGGUUUGGUUGAGAAGCAUUUUGUCUCAUUUGCUGCUUCUAGUUGCUGAUUGGCUGAGCAUCUAAUUGAUUUACACUUAGCCAGCGGGCCACCUGGACGAGCCAGGUGCAUGGGGUCACGACAAUUUAAAAUGGUGGCCGCUACCGCAGAGCGACUACCGCAACCUGUCAUGACGGUCUAUAUGGAGUGGACACUUCAGAAGCUGUCCACCUGACCCACAGCUACCGCCAUGGUCUGGGCGCCGCCCCGCUCCAGGGUGUCACCAUUGGGCAGAAACUCCAGCAGACCGUACAGAAGUUCCCCAAUCGGGAGAUGUUCGUCUUCAAGAGGGGAAACGUUCGCCGGACGUUCCAACAGUUUUUUGAAGAGUGUGAUCAGUUGGCAGCAGGGCUGGUGGCCUUGGGGCUCAAAAGAGGGGACAGGGUUGGGAUGUGGGGGCCGAACACACUGGAGUGGGUAUUGACGCAGUUCGCAACAGCCAGGGCUGGCUUGAUCAUGGUGAGCAUAAAUCCAGCAUACCAGGUCAACGAGCUGGUCCAUGCGCUGAAAAAGGUUGGAUGCCGUGCCAUCAUCUCAGCCUCUACCUUUAAGACUCAAGAUUAUUAUAAGAUGCUUCACCAAGCGCUCCCUGAACUGGACAGAUGCAAGGCUGGGCAGCUGAAAGCGAAAGGUUUGCCAAUGCUUGAAACAAUCAUCAUGCUUGGCGAGGAAAAAUUUCCGGGAACUUUCUCGUUCCCGGAAGUCCAAGAAAUGGGUGACCACGCCCACAGGAGGACUGUCCUGGAAAUGCAGGACAAGCUGCAGUUUGAUGAUCCAAUCAACAUCCAGUUUACAUCCGGAACCACGGGAAGACCAAAGGGUGCGACUUUAACUCAUCACAACAUCGUGAACAACCAAUGGUUCGUCGGACGUCGGCUGGGAUAUCAUGAAAUGCACCACAGACUUUGCAUGGCAGUACCGCUGUAUCACUGUUUCGGCAUGGUGUUGGCCUCCAUGGCAGCAGCUGUCUUUGGUACAACGAUUGUCUCUCCUUCACCCAGCUUCGAGCCAGAACCAACUUUACAGGCCAUACAAGAAGAGAGAUGCACAUCCAUAUAUGGCACCCCGACUAUGUUUAUCGACAUGCUUCAUCAUCCGAACUUUGACAAGUACAGGUUGACAAGUCUAAACACCGGAUUAAUCGGAGGGUCAUACUGUCCCGCAGAACUCAUGAAACAAGUGGUGUCCCAAAUGCACUGCCCUGAGAUCUGUAUUCCUUACGGCACCACUGAGAACGGCCCCCUCACUUUCUUGGGGCACAAGUGUGACAAUCUGGAGAGGAAAUGCAACACCAUAGGACAACCUUUACCUCACGUAGAGGUAAAAAUCGUGAACAUCAAUGGAGAGAUAACGCCUGUGAAUGUGCCCGGCGAACUGUGGACACGAGGUCAUGGGACCAUGCACGGUUAUUGGGGCGACCGUGACAAAACUACUGAAGUCAUUGGGCCUGACAGGUGGUACAGAACCGGAGACGUAGCUGUGUUGGACGAGCAGGGCUACGGGCGGAUUGUGGGGAGAAUUAAGGACAUCAGGGGAGGAGAGAACAUAUACCCCAGGGAGAUAGAGGAGUUUCUGCACACACAUCCCAAGGUGAAGGAUGUACAGGUGAUUGGAGUACCAGACGAGAGGAUGGGGGAGGAAGUUUGUGCUUGGAUCAAACUGAAGGAGGGAGAAAAUAUGGUCGAGAAUGAUGUCAAAACAUUCUGCAAAGGACAGAUUUCACAUUUUAAGAUCCCUCGCUACAUCAGAUUUGUAGAAGAAUUCCCACUGACAGUAACCGGAAAGGUGCAGAAGUACAAGAUGCGGGAACAGAUGGUCAAGGAGCUUGGUCUGCAGAGAUAAAGAUUUGAAAACAACAUCUGCAUUUUCAAAAGCAACAAAACCCGCUGGUGACACUACUGUCCAUAGUUUUCCCUGAUAUUGUUGUAUAAAGAGUUUUGGAAAGAACGUUGAGGCCAAAUAGGA